GGUCACACUGGUGGCACUGCUUCAACCAAAGUGUGAAAAUUUGUCAAAUAUUUCGACAAGUAUAGAGAUUUGAUCGAUUCGGGAGCAGAUAUCAGCCCCCGCAGCAAAGCGCCCGCGUAUACCAUCUGAUCCGAGGAUGCAGAGAUCCACAGAACGGGUGCGGCGGCUCAAAAAGCUGAAGAGCGUUACAGGAACCGCGGAUGGUGGUGGGGAUGGAGCGGCGACCGAAAACCGGACAUCGGAGUCGAUGGACACAAAUGGCGCAACCGCCAGUGGAUCCGCCGGAAAGGAACCAGGCUCACUCAAUCAGGACGUCUUCAAGCAUUUAGACAAAUCCGGACGGAGCGAAUUCCUGAAGUACCUCAAGCAACAGCUACCGGAUGCGGCAGAUACUCCCGUUUACGACCAGAACGGCGUCUUUAAGCAGGGCAUCUCCAAUGCCAUCUACCAGCUCCUCUGGCAAGCCCUGCGCUUCACUCACAAAAAAGAUCUGGUGCUUCAUCUGCUCCUGGAAGUCGUGGCCCUCCACGCGGAGUUUCCCAGCCUUAUAGUGGACGUAGUCAACAUUCUGGACAGUGAAACAUCACUUAUUACCGAUGGUCUUCAAGAGGAGCGACAUGCCUUCGUGCAAUUGGUCAAGGACAUGGACAAGGUGGUUUCAGAAAGUCUGCUAAAGGAGCGAUUGGAAAUCGAUACGUUACAGGAGGCCGGAAUUGUCAAAAACAAGAGCUUCUAUUCCAAAUUCAUCAAGGUCAAAACCAAGUUGUACUACAAACAGCGCCGCUUUAAUCUCUUCCGUGAGGAGAGCGAGGGCUUUGCCAAGCUUAUUACAGAAUUGAAUCAGGAAUUUGAUGAAAGCACCACGCCGGAGAGCAUUAUGGACAUCAUAAAAUCAUUAAUAGGCUGCUUUAAUUUGGAUCCAAAUCGAGUGCUGGACAUUAUUAUCGAGUCCUUUGAGUCUCGACCGGAUCGCUGGAAUUUGUUCAUUCCUUUGCUGCGCAGCUACAUGCCUACCGGUGCCAUAAUCUGCGAAGUCCUUGGUUAUAAGUUCUGUCACUUUAAAGACUCCCGUACGCCUCGGUCUUUAUAUCAUGUUUGUGCACUUUUGCUUAAGCACGGCGUCAUCGAGCUAAACGAUGUUUAUGUGUGGUUAACUCCAAACGAUAGUAGCAUUAAGGCGGACUGGGAGGAGGAACUGGCGGAUGCAAAAGAAAUGGUGCGGAAGCUGAACCUUAUUCAAACCAACAAGAAGGAAGAUGAGAAGGAUCCGCCACCGCCACCCUCGGUCAAGAAAUUUAAUGAGGAAAAAUACUGUGUCAACCAAAAGUUUGGUCUCUGCGAAGCUCUACUUAAAGUGGGUGACUGGGAAAAUGCCUAUAAGAUCAUCCAGAAGCUUCCCGAACAGGCGGUGGUACUUCAAGAACCUAUUGCCCGUGCCAUUGCCGAUUUGAUUCACUUGUCCAUAGAAAAUAUCUACUAUAAGAAAUGCUUCAAAGCUCCCGCUGGACGAAAACAGAGCCGAAAUCGCUUGUACGACGAUUCCAAGCUGUUAGCCAAGAUGCAGGCAAAAGAAUUUGGGGAUUUAAGAAAGUACACCUGGCCGAUGGCAAACGUCCUGGGACCUGCCAUGCACUACGACACUGUGCUGAUGUACAAGCUAAUUCGCAUCAUGCGAAAACUAGUUGUAGAGAUGGGAGUGGAUAGCUUAAACGGACCGCCUCCAAAUUCAGAGGCGGAGCAGCACUACUAUGACAUUAUGACCUCUCUAGAUGCCUGCAUAUUGCCCUCACUUCUUUAUCUGGACAAUAACUGCUCAAUGUCCGAGGAAAUCUGGGCUGUGCUAAAGUAUUUCCCGUACCAUUUCCGCUAUAGUUUGUAUGCGCGUUGGAAGAACGACAGCUACCAGAUACAUCCCAAUUUAAUCAGGCGUUGUGGCUUGGCUCAGCGGGAUAUCAAGGCGCUAAUGAAGCGUGUGAGCAAGGAGAAUGUUAAACAACUUGGUCGCCUGGUGGGCAAGUACAGCCACUGUGCACCAGGGCUUCUGUUUGACUAUAUUCUCUUGCAAAUUCAAAUCUAUGACAAUCUCAUUGGUCCUGUCUGCGAUAUGCUCAAGUAUCUUACUGCCCUUUCCUUUGACUGUCUGGGAUACUGCAUUAUAGAGUCCCUAACCUUAACUGGUCGUCUGAGAUUCAAGGAUGAUGGCACGUCCCUAUCAUUGUGGUUGCAAAGCUUAGCAUCCUUCUGCGGCACCAUUUAUAAGAAGUACAGCAUUGAGCUUAGUGGCUUGCUGCAAUAUGUGGCAAAUCAACUAAAAUCCCAGAAGUCUCUGGACUUACUUAUUUUGCGAGAAAUCGUCCACAAGAUGGCUGGCGUGGAGUCGUGUGAAGAGAUGACCAAUGAUCAGCUCCAGGCUAUGUGCGGUGGAGAACAACUCAGGGGAGAGGCUGGCUAUUUUAGUCAAGUGCGGAAUACGAAAAAGUCCUCUAAUCGCCUAAAGGAGGCCUUGGCCAACAAUGAUCUCGCCGUGGCCAUUUGCCUGCUAAUGGCCCAACAGAAGCACUGCGUCAUCUACCGCGAGACAGCUGCGCACAGUCAUUUGAAGCUCGUGGGAAAUCUGUAUGAUCAGUGUCAGGAUACCCUCGUCCAGUUUGGCACCUUCCUAGGGUCAACCUAUUCGGUUGACGAGUAUGUAGAGCGGUUGCCCUCGAUUAUUACUAUGCUGCGGGAGUACCACAUAAAUACCGAUGUGGCCUUUUUCCUGGCCAGGCCCAUGUUUACUCAUCAAAUCAAUCAAAAAUAUGACCAACUGCGCAAGGCUGAUCCAAACGCCAAGAAGCUGACCACAACUCAAAAGCUUCAAAAGUACUUGGAAGCCACGCAGUUGAUUAUGAACCCGAUUGUGGAGUCUGUUCGACCACUGCACAGUGCCAAGGUGUGGGAGGACAUUAGUCCUCAGUUUCUGGUAACAUUUUGGAGUCUCAGCAUGUACGAUCUGCACGUUCCGAAUGAAAGCUAUCAGCGCGAAAUCGGCAAACUCAAACAGCUGGCCCAGCAGGCAGCCGAGGGCAAGGACUCGAACCAGUCAAAAAACAAGAAGGAGCAAGAGCGGUACAUUGCAUUAAUGGAGAAGUUGAACGACGAACGUAAGAAACAGCACGAGCACGUGGAUAAGAUCUCGCAGCGACUGCAAGAGCAAAAGGAUAGUUGGUUCCUACUGCGAUCCGCCAAGUCGGCCAAAAACGAUACAAUCACGCAGUUCCUUCAACUCUGCCUUUUCCCGCGAUGCACUUUCACAGCUCUUGAUGCGCUGUAUUGUGCCAAAUUCGUGCACGCCAUACACAACCUCAAGACAUCGAACUUCUCAACGUUGUUGUGUUACGAUCGGAUCUUCUGUGACAUCACUUACUCGGUGACUUCGUGCACGGAGGGCGAGGCCACGCGAUACGGCCGUUUCUUGUGCGCCAUGCUAGAGACCGUUAUGCGUUGGCAUGCGGAUCAGGCGGUGUUUAACAAGGAAUGCGCCAACUAUCCUGGUUUCGUCACCAAGUUUCGAGUGAGCAAUCAGUUCUCAGAGGCCAACGAUCACGUUGGGUACGAAAACUACCGACAUGUAUGCCAUAAAUGGCACUACAAGAUCACUAAGGCCAUCGUUUUUUGCUUGGACUCGAAGGACUUCAUGCAGAUUCGUAAUGCAUUGAUCAUCCUGAUGCGCAUCCUUCCUCACUAUCCGGUUCUUGCGAAGCUUGCGCAAAUCAUCGAACGUAAAGUUGACAAGGUGCGCGAGGAAGAGAAGACAAAGCGACCAGAUCUGUAUGCCAUUGCCUCCAGCUACAUUGGUCAGCUAAAGCUAAAGACCCCUCACAUGCUCAAAGAGAGCGACUUUCACCAGAUGGCCGAGCGGCCAAACAAAAGUCGCCGAAAUAGUGCUGCUGCAUCUGGCGGUGCCGUUAAAGCGGAAAAAAUGUCGCCUAUUUCACCUUCUGCACAGGCACAAGGUGCCAAGGCCAACAGCGGUGCCGCGCCUUUCUACAACACCGAACAAAAGUCGGGAACCAAGGAGCCAGAGGCUAAAGCAGCUUCUCUCCUGCGGGAAUCAAAGAGCCAGAAAAGUGAGGGCAACAACGUCACUUUGGUGUCCACAUCCUCCUCAACGGCCUCCAAUAACGAUCGUGAGAGUAAGCAACGUGAUUUGCCAGCGCCACGGGAAUCCCAAUCCCGCAGCAAGGAUGAACAAUUGGAGAACACAAACAAUGGUAGUAAUGGCAGCAGACAGAGUGAAAGCCGCAGUCGCGAUGUGGAGCGAGACAGACAGGAUCAGCACGAGCAGCGUCACGGAAGCAUUACUAGCCAUCGCGGUUCUAGGGAAAUUGUGAGGGUUAAGGAGCGAACAGAAGCCGAACAGCAUCAGCGGUCGCGGGAACGUUCGCAGCGUCUGGAAGAAUUGGAAGCGCAACAGCGGAAGCGCGAGAAGUCUUCCCGACGCGGUGGUGAAGAGCGACAUCGGCAUGGAGAUGGAGUCGAAACGGUGGAUCUAGUGGGCAGCACCGACAACCGUCACUACGAGGAGUUUGAGGGACGAAUGAGAGAUCUAAGUUCCGUGUCGAACGAAAGCAACGGUUCAAUGCAGCAUCGGCAACGUAGCCAUGAAACCAUUGAAUACGAAAAAGUAGAUUCAAAGCGUCGCAAAGUGGAGUCGUCAACCAGCAGUUCAAAGAAGGUGGAGGAACUGGUGGACAGCGUGAAGAAGGCGCGAGGCCUCAAGACCAAAGAGCGCAACAAGGACAAACUGUCGGAUGAAGAGAGAGAUGCUCGCAAGGAUCGCAAGCUGGGCCGAAAACGCGAUCGAACCGAGGAGUCCAAUAGCAAUGAACAUAAGCGACGGCGCGAAGCACAAAAUGGUGAAGAAGAAAUACGGGAUAGAGGAGAACGUCACAGAGAGAAGUCACCGCGGGAACGUUCACAUGAAAAAUUCGAUAGAGAACGAAGUGGUGCCAGCGGAUCGCGUGGCGAGGAGCGACAGUACAUCAGCAAGUCGACUCGAUCCUCCAGAGUUAACUACUGAAUACAAACGGGGAUUUUGCUCCCCCGUUCUGUGCAUUAUGAAGAGCAUUUUGUUUAAUUUUUAAAGAAUUUUUGAAUGGCUUAUCCAUUAGAAGCAAUGAUUGUGAGCGAAAAUAAUUUUGAAAUAUUUACAAUUUUUUAGUGACUAUUUUAAAAAGAGAAAAAUCCAACAACAAUUACAUUGUAAAAAUUACUAAACUCUUGUGUUCUUUUAAUGGGACUUUAUUUUAAAAAGUGUUCAUUCCCCAAAUACAUAUUCAGAAUUUGUUUAAAUUUAAAUUUUGUGUGAAUAAUAAAGUUGUAUAUUUCCAAUAAGAUAAA